GGAUUGCAGCGACCACGAAUGUGGACAUUUCAGUUGCAUGGAAAAGCAGUAUCGGGAGGCGAGUCUGUAGUUGAACUUGAGUCCACACGUGACGAAGUUAAGCACAUAAGAAGUUUUAAAGAACAAGGAAGAGAUAAUUUCAUGGAUCAAAAAGGUUUCAUAUUUCAUCCCUCCCUCCGGCGCUUGUACAGAAGUAACCAGAAUAAUAGACUUUUGUUCACCCUGAGGAUCAAAGAUCCAGUUUUGCAUUGGAU